AUGGCCAGAGACAAAUACUGCAUAAUUCUAACUAUCAUUACCACGUUCUUGUUACCUUGUUCCAAAUCCAUCCACUUAGAUUUUCCAGCAGUUUUCAACUUCGGUGACUCGAAUUCUGAUACCGGUACCCUUAUUUCCACUGGUUUUGAGACCCUUCACCUUCCAUAUGGACAGACUUACUUUCAUCCGCCGUCAGGGAGAUACUCCGAUGGCCGUCUCAUCGUAGAUUUUCUUAUGGAUGCGUUCGACUUACCGUUCUUAAACGCGUAUUUGGACUCGUUGGGUUUGCCGAAUUUCAGAAAAGGUUGCAACUUUGCAGCAGCAGGUUCAACUAUCUUACCAGCCACUGCAUCAUCAAUCUGUCCAUUCUCAUUCGGGAUUCAGGUGUCUCAGUUUCUCCGAUUCAAAGCACGCGCGCUUGAAUUGCUCGCGAAAGGAAGGAAAUUCGAUAAGUACGUCCCGAGCCAAGAUAGUUUCGACAAGGGACUAUACAUGUUUGAUAUUGGACAGAAUGAUCUCGCUGGCGCGUUUUACUCAAAAUCCUUAGACCAAAUACUUGCCUCGAUUCCAACCAUUCUUGUAGAAUUCGAAACCGGAAUCAAGAGACUCUACGAUGAAGGAGCUCGAUAUUUCUGGAUACACAACACAGGUCCUCUCGGAUGCUUAACACAAAACGUUGCCAAAUUCGGAACCGAUCCAUCAAAACUCGACGAACUAGGCUGCGUUAGCGCACAUAACAUCGCUGCGAAAACCUUCAAUCUACAGCUUCAUGCUUUCUCUAGUAAAUUCCAAGCACAAUAUCCAGAUUCAAAUGUUACAUACGUCGAUAUCUUCACCAUAAAAUCAAACCUCAUCGCAAACUAUUCAAGAUACGGGUUCGAACAACCUAUAAUGGCGUGUUGCGGAUAUGGAGGUCCACCGUUGAACUAUGACAGUAGAGUUUCUUGUGGGAACACGAAGAUAGUGAACGGAACAACGAUAGCGGCGAAAGGCUGUAAUGAUAGUUCUGAGUAUAUAAGCUGGGAUGGAAUUCAUUACACUGAGACUGCAAAUCAGUAUGUUGCAUCACAGAUUCUUACUGGAAAAUACUCUGAUCCUCCUUUCUCAGAUAAAAUGCCAUUUCUUCUCAAACUGAAGUUCUAA